AUGUGUUUCUCGCUGCUGCAAGUGUCGGACCCCAUCAAGGUGAUCGUCGAUGAGACCUUCAUCCACCUCUGCAUUGUCCACAAAAUUCCCAUCAAAGAAGAACUAGCUAAAUUAGUAAACAGGCAACUCAUGCUCAUGACCACAAAAUGCAUCUCCACCUGUGCCAAAAAAACACAUAACGAAGAAACAGCCUACGGAAUUAGGAAGAUAACUCAUUACAAGUGCAACCACAAUGGGGAUCAUGUGAGAAACUCGGUUGACCUUUUUUUAAAAAAAAUGAAUAGUGACAGGAACUCUCCCUUUUCGGUGAACAAUUUUUUCGAAAAUGAGGUUUCCGUGACGCACAACUUUGACAGUGUGUGCAAUGUGAGGGGGCCUCCAGGAAGGGGGAAAGCACCCAAGGGGGGGGAAGCAACCAUGGGGGAGGAAGCAACCAAGGGGGAGGAAGCACCCACGGGGGAGGAUGCAACCGAGGGGGAAGGCCUCCAAACAGAGGAAGCACAAAAUGGUGGACAGACCGAGUGGAAAGUCGAGCUUUCCGAUUCCAUGAAAUGUAUUAUCGAUUUAGUAAAAAAUAAUAACGAGAAGAAAUUUUUUGUGGCAACCAACAAUAACGAGUUGAGAUCGUUCCUGAGGAAGGUGUUCGUCGUGCCCAUCAUCUACAUCAGCGAGGGCGGCGCCAUAAAGAUGGAAAGCCUCUCCACGAAGAACACGAACAGGAAGGGAAUCGUCGAGCUGCGCAAGAUGAAGAUGCUUAAGUGGGAACGGGAGCUCAGGAUGUCGGAGCAGAAGAGGGACAAGGAGAAAGUGAGAAAAAAUGGGAAGAAAAAAAAAAAAGCGAGGGGGCGAAAUGGGAGGUAA